UUCAAUCGGUAACUGGUUGAUUAGUGUACAUUUCAUAGGUGUUGCAUGGACUAAUUAUAUUAUUGUCACCAGCAGAACACCAAAAAAAUGGAUCCCUUGUUCACCACAACUGAUUUAAAAUUGCCAAGCAAUUGGACUAACUCUUCAGGGGUCAAUGGAACUGAUCAGGACUGGAACCAGUUUGUGCAACCCGUUUGGAGAAUUGUGCUAUGGGCAUUCGCCUACAGUUGCAUGGUUACUGUGUCUCUGGUGGGGAACGUCGUUGUAAUUUGGAUCAUUAUGGCGCAUAAACGAAUGCGAACUGUGACCAACUAUUUUCUGUUGAACCUUGCGUUUGCUGAAGCGUCUAUGUCUGCCUUCAACACCGUUAUCAACUUCAUCUAUUCCGUGCACAACGAGUGGUACUUCGGGCUGAUGUACUGUCGCUUUCACAACUUCUUCCCCGUCGCUGCUGUCUUCGCUAGUAUAUACUCUAUGACUGCGAUAGCGGUGGACAGGUACACUGCCAUCAUCCACCCCCUGCAGCAACGCAUGUCAUCCACAGAGACCAAGGUGAUCGUGGGGGUGAUCUGGGUGCUGGCUCUGCUUCUGGCCUUCCCUCAAUACUACUACUCAGUGACCGAGGAGCUCCCUGGACGAAUCAUUUGUUACAUCGAGUGGCCCGAAUACACCGGCUGUGACUACAAAAUUCUGUACUACGUAUGUGUGACUGUGCUGAUCUACUUCCUGCCUCUGCUGGUGAUGGGCUGUGCCUACCUGGUGGUGGGCCUCACCCUCUGGGCCAGUAACAUACCUGGAGACUCCUCUGACCGCUACAAGGAGCAGCUCACUGCCAAACGCAAGGUGGUGAAGAUGAUGAUCGUGGUUGUGUGUACGUUUUCUCUCUGCUGGCUGCCCUACCACGUGUACUUCCUGCUCCACCUGUUCUUCCCCCUCCUGUUUGAGACGCUCUACAUCCAACAGGUGUACCUGGCUGUCAUGUGGCUGGCCAUGAGCUCCACCAUGUACAACCCUAUCAUCUACUGCUGUCUCAACGACAGGUUCCGAGCUGGCUUCAAGCAGGCCUUCAGCUGCUGUCCCUGUGUCCCCACCGGCUCCUACGAGGGUCUGGAGCUCAAGUCCACACGUUACCUGCAGACCCAGGCCAGCAUGUACAAGGCCAGCCGCAUGGAGACCAACGUGUCCUCCGUGAUGCAUGUGGCCGACGACCUGGAGCCUCCCAGGUUUGGGGCCCUAUCUGUGGCCGGGUGUCGGUCCGAGGCGCAGGGGGUUAGCGGAGGGGGAGGGGGGUUGUGUGCAGUAGCGGCACCCAGGUGCUCCUCUCUGGACCUGACCUCUAACGGCUCCUCGUCCCGCAGUGUCUCCAAGAAUGUGUCGGAGACCUCCAGCUUCUACUCUAGCAACAACCUGCCUGAGUAGAGAGGGGAAAGGAGAAUCAGGCACCGCUAAACACUCUAUCUCACUAUACCUGCCCAUGGGGGCUGUGUUUGUGUAUGUGUGUGCAUGCAUGCGUGUGCACAUAUAUUCCAUCCAUGUUUGUCUUUGACCAUUUACAUAAUGUCCUUUUUUAAAAUUUUGGGCAUCAAGUCUACCACUUGUGGCCGAGGCUUGGUUGGUUCCCCUUCAGAGGGCAGUGCGCUUAUCCAGUGGUCCUUGGUUUAAACUAAGGCAAUAAGGCAUAUCUAGGGCACACUGCCUGGUACCUGCUAUAGCCCAGAGAGAUACUGUAAGGGCUGGGUUCAUGACUGGGUAACAAGACUGGGUCAAUACGGGACAGGACUGGGUCAAUACAGGACAAGAUUGGGUCAAUACAGGACAAGACUGGGUCAAUACGGGACAAGACUGGGUCAAUACGGGACAAGACUGGGUCAAUACGGGACAGGACUGGGUCAAUACAGGACAAGAUUGGGUCAAUACAGGAUAAGACUGGGUCAAUACAGGACAAGACUGGGUCAAUACAGGACAAGACUGGAUCAAUACAAGACAGGACUGGGUAAAUAAAGGACAAGAUUGGGUCAAUACAGGAUAAGACUGGGUCAAUACAGGACAAGAUUGGGUCAAUACAGGACAAGAUUGGGUCAAUAUGGGAUAAGACUGGGUCAAUACGGGACAAGAUUGGGUCAAUACAGGACAAGAUUGGGUCAAUAUAGGAUAAGACUGUGUCAAUACAGGACAAGAUUGGGUCAAUACAGGACAAGACUGGGUCAAAAUAGGAUAAGACUGGGUCAAUACAGGACAAGACUGGGUCAAUACAGGACAAGACUGGGUCAAUACAGGACAAGACUGGGUCAAUAUAGGACAAGACUGGGUCAAUACAGGACAAGAUUGGGUCAAUAUAGGAUAAGACUGGGUCAAUAUAGGAUACGAUUGAGUCAAUACAGUACAAGACUGGGUCAAUAUAGGAUAAGACUGGGUCAAUACAGGACAAGACUGGGUCAAUACAGUAUAAGAUUGGGUCAAUAGAGUACAAGGUUAAUACAGGACACAGCACUAACUGAACCCGAUAACAUUCACACUAUCCACACACCUUCAACUAUCAGAAUGUAUCCAAUACUUAUCUAGCAAUUGACAUUUGCUUCUAAGGACCCACUCACCACACACACACAGUGGUGUAUGAGUUCAUAUUACCACCCGUACUUCUGAAUGGUGCAUUAAUGUUUGAUUGCCGCCCCCGUGCUGGAAGCACAGUCAGUCCUCACAGUAUAGUGGUUUUCUCAGCUUGUCAGAAACAUAUGCCAUUCCUGCCAUUCCUGUAGCAUCUCCUGAGCCCCUAUAGUGGAGCCCAGGGUUAACAAGCCCACACUCCAUAGGACACACACUUUGAAACAGAUUAUUGUGGCUGAGGUGUGUUUAGCUGGUGUCCUGUCAGUAUGUAGACUUCAGUGGAAUAAUGUGGGAUAGAGCUGAACAAACAGACCCUAACCUGAACAGUGAUAGUCAGCUGUGUACAAGACAACAGGAGAGAAAAGUGGUGUGAUUACAGAGGCAGGGAAACUGCACUGUGAGGACUUCCUCUUAUACAGCAUGAUCUUAUUGACAGUAAAGGCUAGAUGGAUUGUGUUUUCGGGGAUGAUGUUAGUUCUUGUAACUAGCGAUGGGAAGAUGUGCCUGGAUACUUAUAGCAUAAUUCAGAUAUGAGAGGAAGGGAGGCAGCUUAGAGGCCAUGCUCUCUUUAUGAGACCUCUGGGUCUCAAAUGGAACCCUAUUCCCUUUAUAGUGCGCUACUUUUGACCAGAGUCCUAUGGACCCUGUUCAAAAGUAGUACACUAAAUAGAGGACAGAGAGGACAGGAGGGGUAACAGAGGGUCAACAUGAUCUAGAGGACAGGAGGGGUAACAGGGGCAAGUAACACCUGUUACUUCAUAUCUCUGGGCCUUGUAAGAGUGAGUUUAUUGGUAGUGUGGAAUAUACACUGAACAAAAAUAUAAACACAUCAUGUAAAGUGUAGGUCCCAUGUUUCAUGAGCUGAAAUAAAAUAUCCCAGAAAUAUUCCAUACUCACAAAAAGCUUAUUUCUCUCAAACUUUGUGCACAAAUGCAUUGACAUCCCUGUUAGUGAGCAUUUCUCCUGUGCCAAGAUAAUCCAUCCACCUGACAGGUGUGACAUAUCAAGAAGCUGAUUAAACAGCAUGAUCACUAUACAGGUGCUCCUUGUGCUGGGGACAAUAAAAGGUCACUCUAAAAUGUGCAGUUUUGUCACACAACACAAUGCCACAGAUGUCUCAAGUUUUGAGGGAGCGUGUAACUGUCAUGUUGACUACAGGAAUGUCCACCAGAGAAUUGAAUGUUCAUUUCUCUACCAUAAGCUGCCUCCAACAUUGUUUUAGAGAAUUUGCCAUUACAUCCAACUGGACUCACAACAGCAGACCACGUGUAUGGCUUUGUGUAGGUGAGCAGUUUGCUGAUGUCAACAUUGUGAACAGAGUGCCCCAUGGUGGCGGUGGGGUUAUGGUAUGGGCAGACAUAAGCUACGGACAACAAGCACAAUUGCAUUUUAUCGAUGGCAAUUUGAAUGCACAGAAAUACUGUGACGAAAUGCUGAGGCCCAUUGUGGGGCUCAUUUGUUUUUAAGGUACUGUAUCUGUGACCAACAGAUACAUAUCUGUAUUUCCAGUCAUGUGAAAUCCAUAGAUUAGGGCCUAAUGGUUUUAUUUCAAUUGACUGAUUUUCUCAUAUAUGAACUGUAACUCAGUAAAAUCUUACAAAUUGUUGUAUGUUGCGUUUAUAUUUGUAUUCACUAUAUAAUCUACAAUAUAAUCUACUAUAUCUAAUAUAUCUACCGGAGACAGUAACUGAGGAGUGACAGUGCAGAAAGAAUAGUUAUCUAAUUAUAAUGGGAUAAGUAGAUAUUCUACGCACCCAAUGAUUUACAUUUUAAUGGGAUGAUUUGUGUGUGUGUGCGUGCAUGUGUGCGUGUGAGUUUGUGCGUGUGUGCGUGUGCGUGUGAGUUUGUGCGUGUGUGCGUGUGCGUGUGCGUGUUGACAGUUACAUGUCUCAGUGGGCCCAGUAAUCUGUAAAACAGAGGCCAGGAUACACUAGACAUUCCAUUACUCCUGUAGACAGCAACUAAAUGAAACACGCCUUGCAACUGAUUAAUUUACCAUGGGGAACCAGGCAGGCUGUGAUUCUCUGCAAACAAGCUCUCCCAGGCACAGACACUAGUCUAGCUAAAAAGGCAUUGCUCUCUUACAGUUAGUCAGACAACAUACGGACUGAAUACUAAAACCAAAAAUAGACCAAACACUCAGUUUCAAAAUGCUGCAGAAUGUUUUUCCAUUUCAGAUGGCAGGUUCAAGUGGGGAUUUUGUCAAAGACAGGCAACUGAAUGCGUAAUCAACCGCAUUCAAACCCCAUCUGUUAAUUGACAAUGUUCCAGGUUGGAUGGUAGGUUGUUUAAGAAAGCAGUGUUGGUUUUGAUCACUGUAGUGAUGGAGACAAUAAGUUUGCCUUGUUCCUGAGAGAGCUGGCGCCAGGCUGACUACUCAACUGGGUGAAUGUCCUCAUCAGUGCCAUCACUCCUCAAUCACACUAAUUACCCACAAGAAAAGAGAGAGACGGAACAGAGAGAGAGACAGAACAACUGCACACACACAUAAAGAGAAGCACACAGGCAAAGACACAGGGUAAAAAGAGAAGAUAUCUCUUUUGUCGUAAGAGUCAUUCUAAAAUGGUGUGUCUGUUGCAGAGGUAGUGUUUGUAUUCAUUAAAACGUGAUGCCCAGUUAGGUAAAAAAAAGAAGAAGAUGGUUGUAAGUGUGUGCAUGUGUGUGUGAUGUGUUUUUCACUUACCUGUAUGUAGGAGUCUACCAUCUACAUGAUGGACCCUGGCUGCUGCAGCGCACCAUGAGAUGUGCUUAUCUCUGCUACAGUGACCUGAGUGGUUACUGCUUUGAUGGUCCCAGCUGUACUGCUAGACAGCAGCUCACACACAGCUUAUAGUAUACCACAGUUACAGUUGCAUUCCAAAUGGAACCCCAUUCCCCAUAUGGAAUAGGUAGACAUGGGACGCACACACAGUGCUCUCUGAUACACUGCUGAAUGAGCAGUUCAUAUCUUGUGUGGACCUCUUUGUACAUAGUACAGUUAUGUUUGGGAUGUUCUUUAUGUACAGUAUAACAUUGUUGUUUCUUUGAAAUGUAAUUGUCAAUCAUACCAGUUCACUUCCUACUGUAAUGUUACAAGCACUUGCUUGUUUGCUACUAUACAUGGCUUGGCUUGUGAGGUCUGUGUUGAUCUCUGUUGUACAUUUAGUUUUGAUUGUAACUGUCAAGCUAGACAUCCCAUGAAAGCGGUUGACAAUAUUCAACUAUUACAGCUGCUGUGAUGGGGUUUACAAGCUGUCGGAGGGAGAAAUGGCACGAUGCAACUUUGAUCUCUCUAUUGCAUUAAUCUAGCAAAUGGAUUUCUCUUGUCAGGCGGUUGACUUCUCUGAGACAAUGUUGAACAUUUCUGAUACUUUGUCUGACAACCAACACUGACUGAACUAUUAGCCCAGUAGGCAGCAUCCAUGGAGGGAGAUCUCUGUUACAACACAACAUGUAUCACAGGCCAGUUUCACAUUACAGCCUCUAGCGGAGUCUCCUCCUCUGGCUACUAUCAGCAACUAUAUCCCAAAUAUCGAGAACCCUCUUGCAGUACAUUUUUUAGUGGCUGGGGGAGGAUUCUAAAUGUUGCACUGUAUUAAAGUAUGACUUUGAUAUUUCAUGCUUUCAUAUGUGUUAUUAUGUGUUAUUAUGUGUUAUUUCAGACAUGUGUUUCAUGUGUAUAUCUUACUCUUGUUGGGAGUUAUUAUGUCAGCAUUGUGAACAGUACUUAUUACAGUAUUAUCAAUACAUUUUUUUAGCAGGAUUCAUUAGUAAACAAUCGAAGGUAUUUACAAAGUCAGUAUUAUUUUACACUCAACCACUAUCUCUGAUCUACAUUAUCAGAUGUUUCUUGGAGUUUGUUUGCCUUUUAAAGUGUAACUAUAUUGUUUAUUGUUUGUUGUUUUCAAGGUACAGCUCAAUAUUGUGUUAAUGUUAUAAAUAAAUGUUACCUUUUAUUGUAGCUACCAUUUUAGUUCACCAUCAGUUUGGCAGGAAUAGUGUACCCUGUAGUAUUUAUUAUGGCUUCACACAAAUAGUCUAACAAUGUUUCCGUUUAGAUAAAGUUUAAACAUCAAUUCAUAACGAAUAAAUCGAAAGCAAACCUGCAGACCUUAGGAGAGAAACAGCGCCUUUAGCUAAAUAAUGUUGGGGAAUCACUAAAACAUCACAGGAAAGUUAGCUCUGUGAGCAGCACAGUCUGGUCUCUACCUCAUUGCAAUUCCUGACCUUCAGUGGAGCCCUCACCAGACAGAGGAGAGGAGAGAAGAGGGAGAGGAAAGGAGAGGGUCUAUCAGCCCUCACCAGACAGAGGAGAGGAGAGAAGAGGGAGAGGAAAGGAGAGGGUCUAUCAGCCCUCACCAGACAGAGGAGAGGAGAGAAGAUGGGGAGGAAAGGGAGCAGUGAACGAAGCGCCUCGUGUCAGAUGAAGCAUAUUUGUGUUUGGACUGGACCUUUGUUGUCUGUCUGUAAAAGGAGAGUAGAGGACAGUCUGUGCGUAUUAAACUCCAGUCUAUCUGCAUGGGCCUGGCCAGAGUCUGGCUGUCCACAUCUCUGUAGAAAAGGAGUGACUCAUAGGCCAUGUACUUUAUGGCACCUUAGUCCCUUCAUAGUGCACUACUUUUCACGAGAGCCUAAUGUUCCCUGGUCAAAAGUAGGGCACUAUAAAGGGAAUAGGGUGCAAAUCACAGACAGGGGCUUGGCUGUCCGGAAGCAGUUUGUCUUAGAAUCAUCUGACCAUAACAAAGGUUUCCAUCCUAUUUCAAGGAAAAUAUAAGAAUAAACCUGUAAGAGCAGUCCUGCAUGAUUGUAGAGCGACCAAGCCGCAGCCCAAAACUUCAAUUGCCUUGGUGACGAAUGCAUUAGGAGACAGAAGUGAAGUUGACAGAUAUGAGCAGAAUAGGCAAUGAGAUACAAAAUGAUAUUGACAGCAUGGAGAGAUUGAAAGAGAAGAGGGAGACAGAGAGACUGACAGAGGGGAGGAGACGGUGAGGGAGUAUAGAGGAGUCCAUGCUGAGAUUGAUUAUCACGUUGGGCCCCAACACGGUGGCUCCCGACGGAUCUGCAGCUCAUGUAAAUAAAUCCAGAUUUUCUUCAUUCACUCAUCUCACUUC